AACACGCGCUUUCUUCUCCGCCUCUGUCAUUGUGCCUUCGCGGCAGUUUCUCUUUCAAUCCCAUCACAUCCCCUCUCCUCUUCAACUUCUGUAAUUUUCUAUCCCUCCCUCCCUCCCUCUGUAUAUACUCUUUCAGUUCCUCAUCUCUCUCAGUUUUCCCCGUUUAAUGGAGGAUCUCGAAUUCUCCGAAUAUGACAUAAUAGGACAGAUUGAUUGGAACGACUUCUUUGAUGAAUUCCCAGAGGGAAUCGGUGCUCGGGAGAUGGAACCCCCUUCUUUGGGGGAGUCAACAUCGCCUCUGGGGUUGUCUAACUCAUCUCCUGAUUCGAUUUCUUCCUGGAUCAACGAGAUCGAGAACGCUCUAAUGAACGAUGAUGAAGAGAAGGAGGUUUCCGUUCCUAUUGACGAUUGCUGCGAUAGUUUUUUGGCUGACGUACUCGUGGACUCUCAUGGGGGAGCCUCUGUAAUCGACAUCGAUUCCAAUACUUCCGAUUGCAAUAACGACUUUAGCAAUUGCCAGAAAGAGGAUGAAGAUAAGGUUUCUCCCGCUCCUGCUGGCGAUUACUGCGAUAGUUUUAUGCCUGAAGUACUUGUAGAUACUCAUGGGAGGUCCUCUGGGGUCGAUGCUGUAGUUGACGUUCCGUCCAAUGCUUCCGAUUGCCGUGACGAUUCAAACAACUCCCAGAAGGAGAAGGUCGACGCAGCAAACAUCGACGAUAGUGUAGACGAAGAUGCCGGAGAUCCUGUUUCCAAAAAGCGGAGAAGGCAGCUGAGAAAUAGGGAUGCAGCCGUGAGAUCUAGGGAGAGGAAAAAGAUGUACGUUAAGGAUCUAGAGAUGAAGAGUAAAUUUCUUGAAGGUGAAUGCCGGAGAUUGGGGCGGUUGCUCCAGUGUUGCUGUGCUGAGAAUCAAGCCUUACGCUUUAGUUUACAGAUGGGAGGCGCUUCUGGUGCUUCACUGGCCAAGCAGGAGUCUGCUGUGCUCUUGUUGGAAUCCCUGCUGUUGGGUUCCCUGCUUUGGUUAGUGGGCACCGUUUGCCUGUUCACUCUUCCUCAACUCCCACAAUCAACUCUGGAACCUGUUCCACGAGUAACAGUGGUGGAGGAGGAAGGUCCAGGAAGCGCGCCUUUCAACGGGGGAGGAAAUAACAACUCCAGAUGCUCGUACUCAUCAUUACAAACCAGAAGAUGCAAGGCGGCUAGAACAAGGAUGAAACUGAGUAUGUUGGAUGCGAUACUGGCCUAGUGCAGCUUUGAAGUUGAUAUAGAUAGAUGUUGUAGGCUUUCGAAAUGAUUGUAUGGUUUUGAGCGUUAAACUGGAUGAACGGUCAGAGUGGGUGAAUGAAUAAACGAAAUUGGUAACUUGACUUGCGUUCUAUAGGGAUGGAAAGGAAAUAGAUAGACGUGGAGUUGUCUAAAAGUCUAAAUGCCGUAUGUUUUGGUGCUUAGUUUAUGUUUAUCGAAAACCAUGGUCGCAGUGAUUUUCUUUUUGCACCCCAUCUUAUCCAAAUUUUAGCCUGUACUUGUUUACCGUUUGUAUCACUAUUUAUUUGAACAUUGAGUUAUUUUAAAUUGAUU